AAUAUUUUUCCAGACUUUGUGGAUGAAGACUGCCUGUAAAACUGAAGUUGUGUUCCUAAAGAUGGAGAAGACAGAUGCCAAAGACCAGACCUCUCAGGGGGUUGAAGAGAAAGACCCUCCAAAGAGUCACCCUUAUUCUGUGGAGACACCAUACGGCUUUCACUUAGACCUCGACUUCCUCAAAUAUGUGGAUGACAUUGAAAAGGGAAAUACCCUCAAAAGAAUUCCUAUCCACAGGAGAGCCAAACAGGCCAAGUUCAGCACCUUACCCCGAAACUUCAGUCUUCUGGACAGUGGGGCUCGUCCUCAUGUUCUUCUUCCUCAGCAAAACUGGUCUCCAGUGGUGCCGAGCAAGGUGUCCCUGGGGACCCCGGAGCAUAGCCAGGCCCUGCGGCUGGGUGAUCCUCUCCAGGGCCCAGCCAGUGGGAACGAGCUCAGCUACCACAGGAAGGCCCUGUUGGCAGAGGCCUCCAGACAGUUGGAGGCUCCUGGUCCAGAGGAUGCUGAUCUGGCCCCUGGGACCAGUCGGCCUCAGCUUUUGAGAGCAUCCAGCAUGCCCGCCACACUGCUGCAAAACAGGGCCUCAGAGGAGGCAAGCGUGGGCCCGGGGCUCCCUGUGUCUCCAGCCCUGCCUCCACUUCUGGGAGAAGACAGUGUCUGCCAUGGUGCCUUUGGCCCUGCGGAAGGAUUUGCAGGUUUUCAUAGCUCCAGCCCUCAAGCAUCAGCCCAGCUGACUAGCAGGGAGCUGGAAGAUGGAGUGCUGGUCCAGAAGGGGACUGAGUCUGCAGAGGGUGAAGUGGAGACCCCAAAACACCUGUGCCUCCCAGGCCCUCCUUCCUCAUUCCAGAAGAUUGUUCCAGAUGAUGGGGAAGGAGAAUACAGAAGCAGAACAGAGGUGGUGUUUACACCUGACUCCUCCACGCCCAGCCCUCCACCUCUGCCAUCACCCAUCCCCGAGAAUGAGCUCCCGCUGGAGGAGAUCGAGCUCAGCAUUAGCGAGAUCCCACCCCCGCCCCCUGUGGAGGUAGAUGUGAGAAGCAUUGGCGUCCGGGUCACUGAGGAAAGCCUAGGCCUGGUGGGGCUCGAUCCCAGUGCCAUCUCCAGUCUAAAGCAGCAGAUCUCCGCCCUCGAGGGUGAGUUAUCCGGAAGCACAGAGGAGCUGGCCCAGGUCAGAGCUGCCCUCCAGCAGCACAAAGAGGAAAUCAAGGCCAGAGAGCAGAGAAUUCAAGAGCUAGAGUCCUCCCUAGCCCAGUUAGAAGAAAAGCUUAGCCAAGAGAAUGCCAGGGCUGCUCAGGUUCAGAUUGAUGCCAUGGUUAACACAGAUCCUAUCCUUGGCCUCAUCCCCUGGGAGUCAUGUGACAAGAGCAUCGGGGUCAACCUGAGCAUCGCAGACUCUGAAAGCUGGGGACCCAGGGCACAGGACUAUGGCCUCUUACGGGGGCAGAACAGCCCCACAGCAGGGGGGCAGAGUCCUGAAGAACGUGUGCCACCCCAUCUGUCACUGCCCAAGGGACCAGAGAAGGGCCUCGCCUCUUCUUUUUGUAGCUGCCUGUCCACUGAGCUCAGAAUCGAAGAAGAUGUCUCUGAGCCAGAUAGAUCCCUACAGGCAGCGGUGGAAGGCCCGGCCAGGGCAGUAGACGGCUCUUCAUGGAGUAGCCACAGAGAGGCCACCCCAGCAGCAAUGCAGGAGGCCAGUGCAGAGCUCCCUGGAAAAGAGCACCCAGAACGACCAGCAAGCUCCCCGACAGAUGUCACGAUCGGCCAGUACGUGAAGAAGAUCCAGGAGCUCCUGCAGGAGCAGUGGAACUGCCUGGAGCACGGGUACCCAGAGCUGGCCAGCGCCAUCAAGCAGCCUGCCUCCAAGCUCAGCAGCAUCCAGAGCCAGCUGCUCAGCUCCCUCAACCUGCUGCUGUCUGCCUACUCUGCCCAGGAACCUGCUCAGAAGGAUCCCUCAGCUCCUUCCUCCUCGCCAAUAGAGAUCUCCCCGUCGACCAGCCUUAAAUCCAUAAUGAAAAAGAAAGACUAUGGCUUCCGUGCAGGAGGUAAUGGAACCAAAAAGAACCUUCAGUUUGUUGGGGUUAACGGUGGCUAUGAGACCACCUCCAGCGAGGACACCAGCGGUGAAGACAGCUCCCCUGAAGACUUGUCUGAGAGUGAGGUAGAAAAGAAAUGCGAUGGUCCAGAACCCAGGCAGGGCAGGGAUGCCCACCCCAGCUGUGAGCCUGGGCAGGCUGUCUCCCAGGGCAUCCUCAGCACACCCCAGGAAGAUGGGCCUGGAGAAGAAGUCUCCCAUCCCAAGACUGAGAGAUGUAAGCCCUCAGAAGAGUUUCUUAAUGCAUGUCGAACAUUGAGCCAACAUCUGCCAGAAACUGGGACCACCCCCAACCAGCUCUUGAGGCAAAGCUUGAACACCAUGAGUCAGGAGUGGUUCCGUGUGUCCAGCCGGAAGUCAUCUAGCCCUGCUGUGGUGGCUGCCUACCUCCUUGGGAUCCAGCCUCACUCCCCACAUCUCCUGAAACUGCUGGUCAACUUGGCUGAUCGCAACGGGAACACGGCCCUUCAUUACAGCGUGUCGCACUCCAACUUCGCUAUAGUGAAGCUGCUGCUGGACACAGGUGUCUGCAAUGUGGACCAUCAGAACAAAGCUGGCUAUACUGCAGUGAUGAUCACUCCCUUGGCUUCUGCAGAGACGGAUGAAGACAUGGCUGUUGUCUGGAAGCUCUUAAGAGAAGGAAAUGUGAAUAUCCAAGCUACUCAGGGAGGCCAGACUGCUCUGAUGUUGGGAGUCAGCCAUGACCGGGAGGAUAUGGUCCAAGCACUCCUGAGCUGUCAGGCAGAUGUCAACCUGCAGGACCACGAUGGAUCCUCAGCCCUCAUGGUGGCCUGUCACCACGGUAAUGCCGACCUGGUCAGACUGCUUCUAGCACACCCAGCCUGCAACAGCAGCCUGACUGACAAGGCUGGCCACACAGCUUUGUCCAUCACUAUGAAAUCACCCACCUCAUCCGCCCAUGUGGAGAUUGCUGAGCUUCUGCAGGCCCACUCGGAACGGGGCAGGUCCCUGGGGCUGUAGGAGCUACAGAAGAACUGGCACCCAGAAACAAAAGUCUCCUUUUCUGGACUCUCCUUCAGCCUUGGAGAGGGCAGGGGUCAUAACCACAGGGCAGCCCCUCACCAGAAGAAACUAUGUCAAAUAUGCACAUACAUUCCUGUCAUGUAAUUCUGCUCCUUAGGAUGCUUGUAGUUGUUGCCUUAGGCCUUGUUCCCAAACCACAUGGGUUCCAGGAAAGGGUCCAAGGUAGGAGAGAGAGCACUGGGUCACUGGUGCCUUCCAAACUCCUAAACAUCCUCAGCCUGGAAUUCUUCGUGACGCUUACCCCUGCAGCGCUGUGGAGCCAGCCGGCAGAAAGGAGCACACGCAUCUGCGCACAGUAGAUAAGCAAUACUUUUUACACGAAGUUUUAAGGUGCGCUGUCUUUUUAUUUUUAAUCGAGAGUAUACACAUAGGUCCCAUUGAAUAUGCACGUCUGGAGAGGAUUCGGGGAGGACUUACGUUGCCACCCUGGCAAUCAUUGUCAAGAAAUCUCUAGGGAAAUAAAACACCACAAAGACAGGUGAAAUGACCAAGUCCUUCUUGGGGAGUUGGUUUAGAUGGAGUUGACACAAACAUCUUCAAUCCAGACACGGUAGAAAGAAGGUAUUGAAGUCAAUGCCAGACAUAAUCUUGAACACUUCUGAGCCAUCCAUUGGC